AAAAAUGACAGGAAUUAUAUGCUUUCUGAGUCUUAUUAUAAUGCUUUAUGUAAUGAACGCAUAUGCAGAAGCAGAAUACUCCUAUCCGAACAAACGAAAAAUUAUCAAACUCAAAGUUUACUUACAUUUUAAUCUCGGAGGAAACGAUGCUAAUGCCGUAAUCAUAGCGCAACCAAACCACACAACCGAUUCAAACUCUAUUUAUCCAUUUGGUACUCUUUUAGCUAUAAAUUAUGCUGUAAGAGUAGGUGCUAAACCAACCUCGAAACUCAUCGGGCGUGCUAAAGGUCUCGCUGUAGCGGCGAAUCAGGAGCGAAAUGAGAAUGUAUUGGUUCUUUUUACUGAUCUCGGAUUUACUAAAGGUAAGUUUAAGGGAAGCUCGUUUGUUGUAAUUUCAAGGGCUUCAUUUCUAGCGCCAUCCCGGGAGCUUGCAAUUAUUGGUGGAACAAAAAAAUUCAGGAUGGCUCAAGGUUUUCUCUUUACCGAAUCAUAUUCUUUCAAAGUUAAUGCCACUGGAGUCUUUGCCGUUUAUAAAAUAGAUGCAACUUUAUUUCAUUCCUAAAGCCAAGGCCGUAUAAUACUACUCUAAAUAAGAUUGCCGUUUCUAAAUACAACAUUAAAUAUUCAUCAAAAAGAAAAAUACAACAUUAAAUAAAAGUUUAUUAUCAAAAAUAAAGGUUCAACUUCUAGCUUUUCGAACCAAUCUC